AUGAAUAUCAUAUCCAUUAUUCUGUUGUUAUGGCGCAUAAUAAUCCUAAGUUGUGGCUAUGGAGCUGCAACAACUAGUGCAGCAUCACUGCCUACAGCAAAGCCUAAUUGCAUAACGCAUUGUGGAGAUGUUGCCAUCCCAUACCCUUUCGGGAUUGGACCUAGCAAAGAUUGUUAUUUGGAUAAAUGGUUUCAAAUAGACUGCAGGCACUCCAACUCUACAACCUCAGCUAAUUACAGCAGGCAAGUGCCUUUCCUCAAGAGCGUCAACCUGGAGCUGCUAAGUAUUUCUCCGUUUAAUGAUUAUGGCGUGCAAUCGGUUCAGGUUAAGAACCCUAUUACUUUCUUCAGCUGUGAGGGAAAGGAAACUCGCCAACCCCUGAAUUUGACAGGCAGUCCUUUCAUUUACUCUCGGACAGACAACAUAUUCAUUGCAGUGGGUUGUGACCUCUUUGCCCGUAUGCGUUCAGAUCAUGGGCCUGUCGCUGGAUGCGGGUCGAUUUGUCGAAACAAUACAGGCGGCGACUUUAGCACCUGCUAUAAAGGUAUUGACUGUUGCGAAGAUCGUCUUCCAAGCUAUGAACUCACCAAUUUUAGUAUUGAGAUACCAUCAAAUUCAUCAACAUCAGAUCCAAUGGGCGAUUGCAAGUAUGCAUUUUUGGUUGACUAUAGUUUUAAGAAUAACUUAACGAAUUUUCAAGACGUGAAGGAUAUGGACAGCGUUCCUGUGGUGCUAGACUGGAUGUUAAAUGUAUAUGACUAUGGUGAAAGAUUCAGUGAAGGAUUCAGAGAAAAACCAGACCUGACUGGUAACCAAUCAACACCCUUUUGCACCAGCAAUAUUAGUAAUUCGACUUCUCAGUACAACCGGAACAUGAUGACUUGUAUCUGUCCGCCCGGCACGGAAGGAAAUCCUUAUCUUCUCCAACUUUGUCAAGAUAUUGAUGAAUGCAAAGACAUUCCGUGUAUGGGCAACGAUGCAUGUGAGAACUUUGUUGGGGGUUAUAGAUGCUACUCCAAUACAACUGCAUGUGAGUAUUUUGCUGUUGGGGGUUACUAUAAUAGUACUGUCUGCCACGCCAGAAUCACAUCAGAACGGACUUCUGGAAUCCGCCUUGGCUCCGGUGUUGGGCUAUUGUUACUACUCAUUGGUGCAUGGUGGGUAAACAAAAUCGUGAAGAAAAGGAAAACCAUUGCACGCAAGAAAAUGUUUUUCAAACAAAAUGGUGGUUUAUUGUUAGAGCAACAGUUAUUGUCUGGCGAAGUUAAUGUUGACAAAAUCAAGUUAUUCAAUUCAAAAGAAUUAGAAAAGGCCACCAACAAUUUUAGUAUUGAUAGAAUUCUUGGUCAGGGAGGUCAAGGUACCGUUUACAAGGGCAUGUUGGCGGAUGGAAGAAUUGUUGCAAUAAAGAAGUCCAAAAUGGUGGACAAAAGCAGGCUCUCGGAAUUCAUCAAUGAGGUUGUAAUUCUUUCACAAAUCAACCACAGAAAUGUGGUUCAAAUUAUUGGUUGUUGUUUAGAGACCGAAGUUCCACUUUUGGUCUACGAAUUCAUACCGAAUGGAACUCUUUCUCAAUAUAUCCAAGAGCAGAUUGAGGAAUUCCCACUCACAUGGGACAGGUUACAAAUUGCCACAGAAGUUGCAGGAGCUCUUUCGUACUUACACGGUGCAGCUUCCUUUCCCAUAUAUCAUAGAGACAUCAAGUCUGCCAACAUACUUUUGGAUGAAAAAUACAGAGCAAAAAUUGCUGAUUUUGGAACUUCAAGAUCAAUUUCCAUUGACCAAACUCAUCUGACCACAUGUGUACAUGGAACAUUUGGUUACUUGGACCCAGAGUACUUUCAAUCAAGCCAAUUUACAGAGAAAAGUGACGUCUAUAGCUUUGGAGUGGUCCUAGUUGAGCUCUUGACAGGGCAGAAACCAAUUUCUGCAGUAACAUGGUCACAAGAAGAAGAAUACAGAAGUCUUGCCACAUAUUUCAUUACCUCGAUGCAAGAAGAUCGUCUGUUUAAUGUUGUUGAUGCUCGAGUUCUGAAGGAGGGCUCUGAAACAGAAAUCCAGGUAGUCGCUAACCUUGCAAGGAGAUGCUUGAAUUUGAAUGGAAGAAACCGUCCUACAAUGAGAGAGGUUACAUCAGAGCUAGAGGCUGUACAAAUGUCAAGAAAACCUUCCAUUAGUGCUCAGCAAAAUUCUGAAGGGGUUGAUUUUGUGGAAGACAAUUCAGUUCGGCAUUGGGAUGUUGAAUCACUUUCAGAAGUGUCGGCUAGCUACUAA